AUGGCCUGCCUAUUCCCUAGAGCCCUGGGGCCUCUGGCCCUUCUGAUGGUGGUGCUGCUGGUACACGGGGAGCUGCAUGUGAAGCCGGGAGGACAGCACACAGAAGAUGGGACAGCAUUGCAGCUGGCCAAACGAAGGUACAAACGUGAAUGGGUGAAAUUUGCAAAACCCUGCAGAGAAAGAGAGGACAACUCAAGACGAAACCCAAUUGCCAAGAUCACUUCAGAUUUCCAAAAAAAACAGAAAAUUACCUAUCGCAUCUCCGGAGUGGGAAUUGAUCAGCCUCCUUUUGGAAUCUUUGUUGUUGACCCAAACAAUGGUGAUAUCAACAUAACAGCCAUAGUUGAUCGUGAGGAAACCCCAAGCUUCCUGAUCACAUGCCGUGCACUAAAUGCCCUGGGACAGGAUGUAGAGAAACCACUUAUAUUAACAGUGAAAAUUUUAGACGUCAAUGAUAACCCUCCAAUAUUUUCACAAGCCAUAUUCAAGGGUGAAAUUGAAGAAAACAGUGCUUCAAAUUCCCUGGUAAUGAUCCUAAAUGCCACGGAUGCAGAUGAACCAAACCAUAUGAACUCUAAAAUCGCCUUCAAAAUUGUCUCCCAGGAGCCCGCAGGCAUGUCCAUGUUCCUCAUCAGCAGAAACACUGGAGAAGUCCGCACUUUGACCAGUUCUCUUGAUCGAGAGCAAAUUAGUAGCUACCAUCUGGUUGUGAGCGGUGCAGACAACGAUGGAACAGGACUGUCAACUCAGUGUGAAUGUAGUAUUAAAAUUAAAGAUGUCAAUGACAACUUCCCAGUGCUCAGAGACUCUCAGUAUUCAGCACGUAUUGAAGAAAAUACUUUGAAUGCAGAGCUACUCCGAUUUCAAGUGACAGACUGGGAUGAAGAAUACACAGAUAAUUGGUUGGCUGUGUAUUUCUUCACCUCUGGGAAUGAGGGGAAUUGGUUUGAAAUUGAAACAGAUCCUAGAACCAAUGAAGGCAUCCUGAAGGUGGUUAAGGCUCUGGAUUAUGAACAAGUGCAGAGUAUGCAGUUUAGUAUUGCCGUCAGAAACAAAGCUGAGUUCCACCAGUCAGUGAUCUCUCAGUACCGAGAGCAGUCAACGCCAGUCACAAUUCAAGUCAUUGAUGUCCGAGAGGGAAUCUCAUUCCAUCCUCCUUCCAAGACAUUUACUGUGCAAAGGGGUGUAAGCACUAACAAAUUAGUCGGUUACAUCCUGGGGACAUACCAAGCUACUGAUGAGGACACGGGUAAAGCUGCCUCCUCUGUCAGGUAGGACAAGUUUUAUACCCUGAAAAGAGGGGAGGGAGGAAAACAGGUAAAGAAAGGAAGCUGAAGAGACAGAAAGACAAGAGAAGAUCUGAGCAGGGGGAAGGGAGUCAGAGAGAGCAAAAGGAAAGGGAUUUUCUGUGCUUUGAUCUUUGUAUUUCUUUAACACUCAAUUAUUAUUUGUACAGAAAGCACUGGUAAGACCUCCACAGGCACAGUGUAUGUGGAAGUGCCCAGUUUUAAUGAAAACUGUCCGUCAGUUGUCCUCGAGAAGAGAGACAUCUGUACUUCCUCACCUUCUGUGACCCUCUCAGUGAAAACCCUGGACAGGGGUAAAUACACUGGCCCCUACACAAUGUCCCUGGAGGAGCAGCCACUGAAGCUGCCAGUCAUGUGGACCAUCACGACGCUGAAUGCUACCUCAGCACUUCUACAAGCCCAGCAACAAGUGUCUCCAGGAGUGUACAAUGUCCCAGUCAUCGUGAAGGACAAUCAGGAUGGGCUGUGUGACACACCAGAGAGCUUGACCCUGACAGUAUGUCAGUGUGAUGACCGGAGCAUGUGCAGAGCCCCUAUCCCGAGCAGAGAGCCUAUCACAUAUGAGGAGUCAUCCUGGAGGCUGGGGCCUGCUGCCAUUGGCUUGAUCCUGCUAGGACUCCUGAUGUUGCUAUUGGCCCCACUUCUGCUUCUGACCUGUGACUGUGGGUCAGGUCCCAUUGGAGGAGCAGCGACAGGUGGCUUUAUCCCAGUGCCCGAUGGUUCGGAAGGUACAAUUCAUCAGUGGGGAAUCGAAGGAGCUCAGCCGGAAGACAAGGAAAUCACAAAUAUUUGUGUUCCUCCAGUUACAACCAAUGGAGCCGAUUUUAUGGAAAGCUCUGAAGUUUGCACAAAUACAUAUGCUGGUGGGACCGUGGUAGAAGGUGCUUCAGGAAUGGAAAUGACUACCAAGAUGGGAGGAGCUACUGGAGCUGCAGCAGCACUUGGUCCCUGUUCCUUGGGUCAUUCAGGAACAAUGAGAACAAGGCAUUCCACUGGAGGGACCUUGAAGGACUAUGCUGCGCCAGUCAACAUGACUUUCCUAGGCUCCUAUUUCUCUCAGAAAUCACUCGCCUAUGCCGAGGAAGAGGACGAGCGUGAAGUGAACGACUGUUUGCUGAUCUACGAUGAUGAAGGCGAGGAUGCUGCCCCCCAUUCCCCCACCCUCAGCUCCUGCAGCUAUUUUGCCGAUGACCUAGAUGACAACUUUUUGGACUCCCUUGGCCCCAAAUUUAAAAAGCUUGCAGAGAUCUGUCUCGGUAUUGAUGACGAAGCCAAGCAAGCAAAGCCAGGCCCUAAAGACAGUGGUUCUGGGGCUGACACCUGCACUCGAUCUAUGGAAGUCCCUCAGGCAGGUUCUAACAGGUACCAGACAUUGCCUGGUAGUCUGGAAGUCACCCAAACGGGUUCUAAAAUAUGCCACACAUUGUCAGGCAACCAAGAAACUUCUGUUAUGUCCACUUCUGGGUCUGUCCGUCCUGCUGUUGCCAUCCCUGACCCUCUACAGCUUGGGAACUACUUGCUCACAGAAACUUACUCAACUUCAGGUUCCUUUGUACAACCCACCACUGUCACCUUUGACCCCCAUGUCACACAAAAUGUCACUGUAACAGAAAGGGUCAUUUGCCCCCUUCCUAGUGCCUCCAGCAGCAUAGUGGCUCCCACAGAACUGCGAGGCUCAUACAGUAUGCUCUAUACAAAAGAAGCCUGCUCCCAUCUAUGA